AUGAAGAACGGCCAGUGUGUCCCGCUGGAGUGCAGUCAAGGCGAGGUCGAAGAUGUAGAAGAUGAGGACUGUCUUCCAUGCGACGAGGGCUGCAAGCAAUGUCAACGUAAGGAUUCAGGAGAUCUGGAAACUGUCUGCCUCAAAUGUGAAGAUGGAUUCUACCAGUUGGGCUCGGAUUGUCAUCAUUCGUGUCCUGACGGGACCUACAAUGUGGACGGCGACAUGGUGUGUGCUCCGUGUGAAGACAAGAAGUGUGUCAUCUGUGACCAGUCCCAGUGCUACUGGUGUGAAGAGGGACGCUACGUCUUUGAUGGAGAGUGUGUGGCUCACUGUAAGGAAGGUUUCUUUGUGGACGAGGAGAGCCAGGAGUGUGAGCCCUGUCACCGCGCCUGUCAUGAAUGCGGAGGGCCGCGGUACGACGACUGCGACUCCUGCGAGGAAGGCUUCAGGCUGGAGAACGGGGAGUGUUUGGAGGGCAGACAGCUUGCCCCCUGCCUGGAGAAACACUUCAGAAACGCUCAGGGUGAAUGUGAGCAGUGCCACGCAUUCUGUAAGACCUGCUCUGGAGCAGGGAGCGAGAACUGCAGGAGCUGCUCCUCAGGUCGUUUCCUGACUGCUCGACAGACCUGUGUGACUCGUUGUCCGUCCGGCACGUUUGCCAACGAGGCGUCAAGUCGCUGUGAGGACUGCUCUGAAGGCUGUGUCAUGUGCCAGGAUGACAAACACUGCCAGCGCUGCCACAGUGGGCUUUACCUGCACAGUGAUGUGUGUGUGGUGGACUGUCCCAGGGGUUUUCCUCAGGACGGUGUUUGUCAGCUGUGUGAGCCACAGUGUGAAUCCUGCAGGGGAAACUCCACUCACUGUCUGAGCUGCGGGGUGCACUACUUCCUGCUGGAUCACUCCUGCACGUCACACUGUCCGGAGGGAUAUCACGCCAGCGAGACCCAGUGCCACCGCUGCCCAGCUCACUGCAGAGAGUGCAAUGAAGACGGCCUGUGCAAGAAGUGUGCCCCUUAUUACUUCCUCCAUGACGAUAAGUGUGUGGACGAUUGUCCCGCUGGUUUCUUUGCCAGCGAGGGGCAGCAGGAUUGUAUGCGCUGCCACGCUGAUUGUGCCUCGUGUGACGGUCCAGACUUUGACGACUGUGAUGUGUGUCGCAACCCCAAAGCCGUCCGUUACAGAGGAGAGUGUCUGCCCGACUGUCCCGAAGAGACCUACCAUGAUGACAGCACCAACGAGUGCAGAGAUUGUGACAAGACAUGUUCGAGCUGCUCAGGCCCCGAGCCCUCGUCCUGCCUCGUCUGCAAAACAAACAGGCACAAAGACGCCAGCGGACACUGUGUGUGGUACAGUCAGUGCCCCCUGCGCUCGUACAUAGACACCAAUGGAGAGUGCCAACAGUGUCACAAACUGUGCCAUCGAUGUUACGGGCCGGGCAAAGACCAAUGCUUCAGCUGCAACGAUCCGCUCUUCCUUCUGAACAGCACAUGUGUGCAGGAGUGUCCUGUGGGUUACCAUGCCGACGAUAAUGAUGAAAACGUGUGUGAGCGCUGUCACUUCAGCUGUAAGUCGUGUGCGGGUCGUCACAGCGUUCAGUGUCUCGCCUGUAAAACGGGAUUCUUCAAAGAGGGAAGCAGCUGCGUGGAAACCUGUUCAGAGAGUCACUUUGGAAACACCAGCACGAUGGUGUGUGAGCGCUGUGACCCGUCCUGCAGCCGUUGUUGGGCGGGAGGAAACAGAAACUGUCUGAGCUGUCGGGAAGGUUACGUCUACCUGAGACAGCGGGGGCAGUGUCUGAAGAGCUGCCCUCCAGGCUACUAUCGAAGAGGACACUCCUGCUACCAGUGUCACCCCACCUGCAAGACCUGCAACGACGGGGGAGCUUCUUCCUGCCAGUCCUGUUAUGACGGCUUCAAGUACAUGGGUGGAAUCUGUGAAUCCAAAUGUCUUGUAGGCUUCUACGCUGCGUCAAAGGGCGAUGAUCCAAUCUGUAAAGCGUGUGACCCGUCCUGCCUUGACUGCCGAGGUCCCACAUCAAAGAACUGCACAGUGUGUCCUGCCCUCCAGAUGCUGUCAGACGACGGCCGCUGCUUGUCCUGCUGUGGAGACAAAGCACGGCACGACGGUAAACCGUUGUCCUGGGAGUGCUGUAACUGCAGCAUCUCAUGGGACGAGUGCAUCAUGGGAGUGAACUUUGUCAUAAAGGACACUUGGGAUAUAGAGGCUCAACACACCACCACCAGGCAACUCAUCACCGCCUGCGUCCUACUCAUCCUCGCUAUGGGAGGAGGGGUCUUCCUCUACCUCAACACUCGAUCCAAAUCCCAAACCCUCGCACCAAAAAUCAAAGCUGGAGGCUACGAGAAACUGGACACUAACGGAGGCGUCGCCGCGCAACCAGCCACCUCUUCAUUCGGGGAGUACAGCGACCGAAUCAUGGAGGGUGAGGACGAGGAGGAGGAGGACGAUGAAGAUAUUGUGUACAUGGGGCAAGACGGGACGGUGUACAAAAAGUUCAAGUACGGACUCUUGGACGAGGAGGAGAUUGAGCUCGAGUACGACGAUGAGAGCUACUCGUUCGGUUGAAGGAGAAAGCUCAAAAGACCUGAAGGGGAAGAAAAUAUCCUCUGAAAUGUGACACAAGUCUAAAUAUGUUGUUUGUCGUUUGUUAGGGUUCUACAUACUCGAAUGUGAUUGGUCAGAUUUUGCGUCAACUGAUCGUCGAAUGUCGUUUUUUCUAUGAUUAACCCAUAUUCUCAUUUGAAACAGAUAAAGAUAAUUCACUUUUUGUCUUCUAGACUUGGAAUAACAUUUUAUUCUAUGAUCGGACUUGAUCCGUCCUUUUUCUCACUCAUCAAGUCUGAUGAGCUCAUAGCGAUAUUACACAUGCUCAUUUACUAAAAAGAACCCGUACACACACCGACGUCAGUGUGUGUGUGCGGAUUCAACCACCACAGCAACCACAAUCUACGCAUCAGUCAGACACCAACAAAGAAACAAAGACAGACAUUUAGAGAUUUACUGAACUUUUCCGAUUGUAAUUUUCAGAUAUAAACGGU